GGGCACUGCGAGUUCGGGGAGGUGCGGCCCUUCCUCGACCGGGUGGCGCAGAAAUUGCCCUUCCCGGCUGUGGCCGUCAGCCGGGAGAGCCUCCAGGAGAUGCGGCGGGAGGAGGAGCAGAGGAGGCUGGACAACCAAAACCCCUGGACUUUCGAGCGGGUGGUGACCUCCAAUAUGCUGGGCAUGAGGAAGUACCUGAGCCCCUACGACCUGAAGCUCAAAGGACGCUACUGGGGCAAGUUUUUCCUGAAGCACAGGGUGUGAGGAGGGGCUGGAUGGAAUUCCUUUUGGGAUUAAACGUUUCCACAAGA